AUGAGCGGUGAAACACCAGAAAAUUUGAAAGAUGAUCUAAAUGAACUCGAUGAUGCCCGGACGCAAUAUCUAUGCCUUGAUUGUGCCCAAAAACUUAAAGACGUUUAUGAUUUUAUUGAAAAGGCGAGAAGGGCUGAUAAUGAAUUACGUUGCACACAAACGGAAAAAGUGAAGAUAGAAAGUAUAGCCAACACUUUUGAAUGGGUUCCAGUACAUGAAGAGCUAAUGGAAGUAACUAAGAUGCCAAAUACUGUAGAUAUGGAUCACGUAGAGGAUAUAAAAGUAUCACCAGAAUGGACUGAACAUUUUAUGGAUGAUGAUGAAAAAUCUGCAUCAAAUGAUAGGUUUGGGGUACUGACACUACAACAACAACAAAGUUUCUAG